GUCCUUUGUAAGGGACUGUCCCAGCAGGCCAGGUCCUUUGCAGCCAUCAACAUGGCCCUCAGCAUCAUUGGGAAUCUCGAACUGGAGACAGGGUGGAGGGGGAGGGAUUCCUUGGAUUAGUUUUAGUCCUGGAGCAGCGGGUGCUCAUCACAUUCCAUCCCUUCUCUGGCAGAAGAGAAGAGAUGACACUAGAGGACAACAACGCCUAUGCAGCACUACUAGAGAGGCACAGGAGAUGCGAUGCCAGUGACUGCUGUUACCCACGCGGCAGGGAGCACGCAGAGGGAGAGGGGUGAGUUGCCUCAGCAGCCCUCUGGGGCUCUGCGUGGGAUCACGGCCUCGCCACAGCCUGGGGCAGCGCGGACUGAGCACCAGAGCCAUGCCGGUCACUCCCUGGCUCAGAUCACUUUGUCCUCAUGGCCACAACCCCUUGGUUUCCCCAGGCCCUGGCAGCUGCUCCUCUGCAGCUCCUGUGCUGCGCAACGCACUCAUCGGCGCUGUUCCAACUUGAGUCAGAGCACAGCCAGCUGGGAGUGCAACGCCUGUGCUGGAGAGGGCACUGGUAAGAGGCAAACGGACAUGUGCUGCUGGGCUGGGGCCAGGCAAGGCCUGGCAGCGGCUGCUCAGAGCGGCCUUGCUCAAAUCCCUCUAGCCCUGGACAAAUGGGAGCCAGUUCCACCCCGUGGCUGUAAUUCCAUCCUGCUCACCUUCCUGCCUCCCCUUACAGCCUCCGGCAGCAACUCAGAUCUUCCUGGCUACAGCACCAUCAGCCAGCAGGAAAUGGAGCCAUCCCAAGGCUCUGCGACACCAGAGAGGAGCAGCUCCAGCACCACCAGCCAGGCACCAUUGGGGCCAGCUGACUGUUCCCGCGUGCCUGAGAGCGGCGGCCUGUCCAGGCAGCGCAGGACAGACCGGAGGAGAAUCCGCCCACGUCUACACCGGGAUGAAAAUGGCUUUAAUGAGCCCCAAGAACACCGUGGGAGUAGCCAUAAUGCUGCCCCAAUUGCCGGGAGCAGCGCCCUAAACUCUGCCAGCCAGGGGACAUCAGAGUCCUCAAGGAACUCCCCUGCAGUUGGCUACAACCUCCGGUGCAGACAGGGGCAGCGGGCCCAGACAAGAAGCCGCUCUCCCUUGCAGCGCCGGGCCCCAGAUUCUCCAAGCCAACCCCGAAGACGGCAAACACGUGGGAGCAGGCAGGCACCAACCCAAAGUGCUGAGAGUGGCACCAACAGAUGCACAAGACGGGGAGCACCGCGGUCCUCAAGGGCUUCCACAGCAGCGGAUGGAAGCCGGUCCAGACAGCUAGGGCGGGCCCGGACUCGAAGCCGCUCCCCUCUUGAACAUCGGGCUGCAGAGACCCGCAGCCAGCCCCGAAGAUGCUGCAGGAGCUGCUCCAGGCGGCAAGGACCAGCCCAGGGGCGAAGCCGCUCCCGGGUACCAGCCCAGGGACGAAGCCGCUCCCGGGUACCACGCUGGGCCCCGAACAUCAACAGCCAGCCCCAAUGAUGUCGCAGGAGCAGCCAUGUGCAAGCUCCAAUUGUAUCCAAAGUCAUCAUAGUCCAUCACAAUAAAACUGAGAGUUCCAUCAUGCCACUGUCAGUUUUGUUCCUCUCUGCCUUUCCCGAGGUGAGCAGCUGUAGAGGUUGCAACCAUGGGGAUCCCUUUCCCCCAGCACCCAACCCACUCCCUCCUCCCUGCGGCCCGGCUCAGGCUGAGCUGGGUUCUGGCCCUGACUCCGGCGGCGUGCAAUGUUUCCAACACGCAACGGGAGGCCAGGCUGGCAGCUGCGGCCCCGUCCUGGGGGCAUUUCCGUCCUCUUGGGCACGCCGCUGUGUUUGGGAUAUGCAGGCAGCCCCGGGGCUGCUGCCGGCUGUGGCAUGGGCCAGGACCCGGCCUUUCCUCCUGCAUUCGGGCAGUGCCACAGGGUUUGCUGACACUGCUCUUGACAUCCACCCUAUACUUGGUCCAACUGUCUAGAGAAAUAGCCAGCUGUUCUCUUCCUGGAUCCAUUGUGUUCUGCUAACUCUCCUAGUGCAAAGUGACAUCUUUCACGCCCAUACAAUUCAAAAAGCUUUUCCAGACUGGGCAGUCCUAGAGCACAGGUAGACAUCAGAGCUGCUCUCAGUGGAAUGUCAUGGUCAUGGUGACACGCAGGUGUGAACAUCCUGAGCAAUCUGCUCACAUAGCUUCAGCUUGUCCUGUCAGACAGUGACAGCGAAGAGGAGUAUGUGUGACACUUUCCAGCUGUUGUCAUUUUGGGACAGCACUGGGCCCUGUUUGAGUAAAGCAAAGGAAGCAGCAGCAGGAAAUGUGUCUGAGGGAUCUGGGCAGAACCUUUUGGUUCUGGCAGCUGCAUGGCCAAGGAGGCUCUAGUGCCCCCGAUGCCGGCCCUACUCUGCCUGGUUUGCAACAGCAGCAUGCUGUCUCUUAACCCCACAGCACUGGUGUCACCCAGCCCAUUGGUGGCUGUGUCCAUCACUGGGCUGCACCAUAGUGGAAGUCCCUCACACUGUGUGGGAGAUCAGCAGUGCAGUGACAACAGCAAUGUGACAAGAAUGGUGAUGUUGUGACAACGGCUUAAUCUGGGCCAUGCACAACUUCACGCUGCAGCUACAGGUGGGUGUGCAGCCCAUGAGCGAGGAGUGCCUGGAGGACACACAGUGCCUGUGACCUGGUACAGACAUCACCACUUGUCCCUGCACGUCACUGUGUCCCUGUGGACAGUGGCAGUGUGGUGAUGGUGGCAGUGCCGAGAACACAUUACAGUGAAGAGCAACGAGCUGCUGGGCUGUCUGUACAACUUCUUCCCCCACCUCAAGCAGCUCAUGCUGGAGCAGCUGGCAGCCAACACGGGGCUGGCAGUGUGGGAGAAGCUGCAACCGGGUUUCUGACACAGGACAACAAGGAGACAAUUGUAAUGGCAACACAAGAGAACAGCAUGAGAAUGUACUGACUGCAGGCUGAUAAUAGUGAUGUCAUCAUAAGGGACAACAGUAGGACCAUGGGAAGACAAUGAUGAUGGCAAAUUGGAUGAUGGGGAGACAAAGGCAAAGGCAAUACGGGACAAAUGGGAUAAAGGCAAGAGUGCCAUGGGACAACAGGGUGAAAAUGGGGUGACAGUGAUGACACAGGACAACAGGGGGCCAGUGACAAUGGCAACAUGAGACAAUGGAGAGAUAACACUGGGAUAGCAGAGUGAUGACAAUGGGAUAAAAGGGAUACAAUGGCAACACAGUACAGCAGCAUGACAACGGUGAAACAGAAACAUGGUAACAGCAGGAUGAUAAUUGUGACAUGGGGCAAUGAUGACAUCAGGAAUAACAGGGUGACAGUAGAGUGACAACAGCGAUGGUGCGACACAAGGCAAUGAUGAGGUGAUGACAGGUUGACAACGGGACAAAAAACACAGGGAUGACAGGGGACAACAGCAACACACAGCAGCAAGGUACCAACAGUGAGGGAGGUGUCACUGUGUCAUUCCCCACAGCCCUGAGCAUGCUGCUGCACAGCUACACGGAGGCCAUCAACAAUGGGCAUCUCCCCUGCCUGCAGGGAGCAGCAGCAGCGAUGAUGGCCAACGAGAAUGCAGCUGUGGUGGCAGCAGCGCUGGAGGCCUAUGCCAAGGGCAUGCAGAGGCUGCCACUGCCCACAGAGCCUGCACAGCUCUCAGCCUUGCAUGGGCAGUACCUGCGUGAGGCACUCAUCUUCCAGCGUCGCAGCUUCUGGGAUCGCAACCAGGAGCACCAGCGGCGCCUCAUGGUGCGUGCCCCCCCCCUUUCUGCCACAGCGCUGUCCCUGUCCUCACGGCCUUGUUCCUAUCCCUACAAGGCUGUCCCUGUUCCCAUGACUUUGUCACCACUGUCACAGCACUUCCUAUCCCCUGGCACCCUGCCUCCACUAACCUGUCCACACAGUCCAGUCCCCACCCCUAUAAGGCUGCCCUUGUCUUCAUGACCUUGUCCCCAAUCCCCCAGUGCUCUCCAUCCCCGUGACCUUAUCUUCAUUUCCCCCCAACACUCUGCACCGGUGGUCCCACCAGCACUCUCCCCAUCCCCACAACCCUGUCCCUGUGACACUCUCCCCAUCAACACCAUGACCUUGCCCCCAUCCCGACCUUCAGGAGCAGAUCAGCACGGAGUACAGCUGCCUGCAGGAGAAGAAUGAUGCAGCAUCACGGUGGCACUGCAAGGCGCUGCUGGCUGAGCUGGCACGGGCACUGGAUACCAGCCUGUCCCGUGGGGCCUACGCACUGCCUGGUGCCUACCGUACCUAUGAGGCUGAGCGGCAGCAGCUGCUGGAGGCCUACUGGCAAGCAGAGGGCAACAACCCCAACGUAAGGGCAGCUCUAGGUAGGGGAUUAAGGACAAGGAGCCAGGGGCUGUACCUCAAUCGUGUGGGGAUGCACAAGCCGAGGAGGUGCUGGAUGAGUUCUUGGCAGAGCGCCGGGCAGAGGCGGAGGCAGCACUGAAGGCAGCCUCGCUCAGUGCGUUGUCUGAGAAGCAGCUGGGGGGUGAGCAGUGCGUCCCGGUGCCGUUCCCUCUCUCCUUCCUCCAUCACCCAUCCCCAGGUCCUCCAGGGACAAGAGACACCUUGUGUUAUUCCUGGAGGACAUCUGGCAGUAUUCCCAUAUUCCAUGGGCUGUGUCUGCUGGGGACAGCUCAUGGUAUCCCCACAUACUUUGAGCAUCCUAUGCCUUCAGGGACAUGAUGGCCCCAUCUCUUGAGGAGUCCCUUUAUCCCCAGGGGACAGAGUAUCCACAUCCCUUGGGGUGUCCCAGCGUGCCCAGGAGACACCUCAAAUUGUCCCUUUUUUCUCCCUGAGGAAUUCUCACCCCAUCUCCACAUCCCUGCACUCUGUCCUCACGCCCCUCCAUUCCUUCCCUAUCCCUCUGCACUGUCGCUUUCCCCCAUCCCUCCGUACCCCGGGGACCCCAAACUCCGUUCUUUAACCAGAAGCAGAAGGCUCAGCUCCUGGUUACCCGUCCCCGUCCCUUUGUCCCCAGACCAGAAGCAGCAGGCAUAGCUCCUGGAACAGCAGCAGAAGGCGGAACGCGAACGGCAGCUGGAGGUGUUGCUGGCGGACGAGCGCAGCAGCUACGUGCAGAACCUGCAAGCCCUGGAGGCCAAGAUGCAGGCGGAGGCGGCGAGCGCGCAGAGGGAGCUGGACAGGGCGCUGGAAUUGAAGCUACAGGAGCACAGCGAGCUGCUGUAGAGCGGCUUCAACGAGCUGGCGGCGCUGCAGCGGGAGAUCAACAACAACAACAAGCAGGAGCUGGUGACCAAGGACGUCAACGCCGUGCACGCCGCCUGCGACCUCGCCAGGGUGCUAAAGCUGGCCAAGUUACGAGGUACAGCUGCGUAGGCGACUGCUCGCAGUAAAACUUCCGCCAGCCCCUCUUUGGCGGCCAAAUAAAGCGCUCCUCCCGCAACUCCGCUCCUCUCUCGCGGCGCUUCCGGCGUGGUGACGUCAUAACCCGGGCGACCAGAACCAACUGGUCGUUGGUUCUUGCGGCCGCGACGCGGCGUGGUGCUGGGAGUGAAGGGAUACGGGAAGGAGAGAAACCUUGCGGCAGCUGAUUGGAUUGCUGCUUUUGUGCACUCUGGAAAUUGAGUGAUGCUUGAGGCCAUUGGUGAUGUCUGUCAGAGUUCUUAGAAAAAAAGGGACUGAGACCUGACUCUGCUCAGCACAUCUCUGCUGGCCCCACCACACACCAUAAUGAGCUUGGAGCAGAGAAUAAAAGCAAGAAAAAUCAGAACAGGAGUUCAGAAAAAAAAGUUUCUAACUAAACACUCAGGACAGAGCCUGCAAUUAGCAGAAGAUAAAUUAGUAUCCCAGUUGGGGAUAUAAAGAGUAAGCUGUUAACUUAAAGGAUACUCCACCCCAGAGGGAUGCUGCCUUCUCUAGAAUUAUUUUCAUCUCAUUAAAAUUCAAGUCUCCUCUCCUUACAUUUAAUCACAUUUCAUUACCCACAGCUCCCUCGCUGGGACGUCUCUUGGUUGAACUUCAGUCAGGACCUGUGGUAAAGCUGCUGGAAGUGAGAGCGCUUACCUUUCAGAAUCUUCUUGAGAUGAGACGGAAGACCUCUGAGUCACUGAAGGUCAAGAUAAUCCACCUUUCCAUUAUAGAAGAGUUGGGCAGGGACAUAUGCCUCUAAAGCAGAGAAGAAAAUUUGUUUGCCCCAUCCAUCCCAUACAUAGGAUGCAGAUACUAGCACUAACAGGUAAGCCCUAAAAGAGAGCCGAGGGCCCAGGCUGGUGCUACACCAAGAACAUGAGUCAAUGUGGCAGAGGUAAUUUUCAUAACAAGGCAAGCACUAUAUGCACACCAAAGCAGGAGGCAGCAGGAUUCCCAGCCCUUCCUCGGCCAGAGCAGGGGCUGCAGCCACCACAGGCACUGCUAGCAUGGGCACUGCCAGCCAGGGGUGGAAAGGUCAGGCAGGGCAUCCCAGAGAGCCUGCAAGGCUGGCGCAGGUGAGCACCACCAGGAUCAAACCACAAUGAGUAGCAGUGGUGGUGGGCACAGAAAUGCCAGAGAGGCAGGUGCGAUGCAGGUGGUGGGUGGCAUCUGCAGGCAGGGUGCCAGGGGCUGCCAUGUGUCACUGCCUGCUGCUGCAGCAGGGGGCAGCAGGGCAGCAGCAGCUAUUUGAGGCAUUGAAUGGAUAUAGACAGCCAUGGUUCCCUGCUUCAGCCCAGUUAUUCACCGGCUAUCUUAGCAUAGGCAGGCAUCGUUGCUUUUCAAGUCGGUGUUAUGGGAGAAGAGGAACUAAAACAAAUGCAAAGAGAAGAGUUAGUUGCCACCAGGUUGAGGGAAAACCAUAAAGAGAAGUGUGCAUAGUAAAAGGUCUGUGGUUUGCUUUGAAACUUCAACACAGACUAAAGCAUUUUGAAACUGUCAGCUCUGCUGGUGUUUUCACCUGAGCAGUGCUCUGAAUGAGAAAUGAAGAUGCAAAAUGUUUCCGGCCAUCAUCACCUCCUCUCCUGCCUGGGCUUAUUUCACAGUAACACUCCUCCCUGCCAGGAGAACAUUCUGGGCUCUGGGCCACAUGCAGGCAUGGAUGUACCCUACUCUGAGCAGAAGGCAUGUCUUCUCACCAGCUAGCCUGAGGCUUUCCCAGAGCUCAGACCUCUGCUGGAUGCUCUCUGCAGUCCAGCAUUUGCUGGGCAUACUGUAUAAUCAAUGGAUAUCAAGAUGUUACAAUCACAAUAUAAUCAAGAGAGGUAGGCAAAGUGAACAAUGAUAACAAAAGAGAAUAAAUGGAAAGCUUACCCUUAUGCUGGGCUCACCUACAAAACACCAGAAGAGGCAAUCUCCAGAAGAGAUCCUUCCCUACUGGUAGCCAGCUCUUCAAUAGGUCUAGGAGGGGUGCAGCCUGGCUUCUGGCAGCACAGGUGAAUUGCCUUCACCUGUGCUCCUCUGGCUGACUCAUGGCUCGCCUCAGGUGAUCAAUCAGAGGUUCAGGCCAUGACUCAGCAGUUCCCAUACAGCACACCAGAGGUCAAGCAGUCAUCAGCUUUGUCCUGGCUCUCCCUGGGUCAAAGGUGAGUGUCCGUCAGCCCUCAGUCCUGCCUCAGCAGUCCUGCAGUUGUUUGGCUGUUGUUCAGCUAACCCUUGCACAGCAGGGCUUACCUAGGAACAUGGUCCUUUCUGUUUCCGAAGCUCCCUGCCAGCAGUAGGCUGGUGGUGCUCUGAAGCCUUCAAAUCCAGCUCUGAGUCUCCCAGAUUGGGUUUUGCUCUCAGAUGGGGCUUCAGACACGGGAAAGAGGUUUCAAGCUCUGGUACUUGGGUUUGGAGCUGAAAAGGAUGUUUCUGAUCUGAAAUAAGGCUCUGGGCCCUCCAGCCAAGGCUCUGAGCCUUGAAAGGAAAAACCAAAAAAAGACUACAGAGAAAAUUUGCACCCUGAGGUGAGGCUCAAUGCCUCUGUAAUGUGGAAAGGAGUCUUUAUUUUGAAGCCUCACACCCCAGUGUGAGGAGCCCAAAGCCUCAUGUCAGUGUACAAAGCCUCCUCCUGCAGCCCAAACUUCUGAUUUAAAGACUCCAAGCAUUUUAUCCUUAAGAGAGGAUAAAAAAGGGUCCAAAGCUUCUUGCCAUGGGCCUCAUGGCCCUUUUGGUUUUGUUCCCAGACUUUCAUUUAUUGGAAUGUAGCUUCAUUUAAGGGCUCUGUUCAACCUCCCAUUUUUGGGGUUCUAAACUAUUUCACCAUUAACAUUCAUUUUACCACACUGUAGCAAUGUCAUAACUGCAGAUAGACACGCGCCUCAGAGAUGGCAGUUCAGUGUGCAGAGAGGAGCCACUGUUCAGGUGAUGCCAAUGUCUGCCAGGUUUUAGGGCUCCCCUGCAGCUAUAACUUGCAUUAUUAUUGCAAGGCAGCUACAUUAUCAAGCUGUGAAUAAUGCUCAUUGAUUAGUAAUCUUUAAGUGCUCAGCAUAAAAUCUGUUAUUUUCUUUUUGUUGUAUGUUGUGUCUUUGCAGGAGUAGUGUAAACUUUAGAAAUGUGUCUUUCUCAGCCUGACAAAGGGAGUACCCAGCUGGGGUGGGGUUGUGGUGCUGCCCAGCACCCACAAAGCAAAGUCUCUUUGCAGUUGCUCACAACAAAACUGUGAGGCAAUGGCAUUUUUCUCCAUUGUAGGUUGGCACCUGUUGGAAUCCCUUAAAAUUCAGCAGUUUUCCCUUGCCCUCCAGCCUCAUCUUCAUGCAUUCAUUGUUUUGUUUGUUCAAAUAAAUAUAUGAAGCUUU